AUGUCCAAAUCUACUCAAUAUGUCUUUGCUGUCCUGCUGCUUCUUCUGCCUAUGGUACUCGCAAAAUCAAAGGCAUACGUGGAAUUGAUCAAUGGAACACCAUAUGAUUGGCACUUGAUAUCUCAUGCAAAGCAUCGCAUGAAAUGGUCCCCCCAGACCAUUAUCCCAUCUGGCACCAGCUCCGAAUCCUGUAUCUCAUGGAUUCUCAACCAACCAGACGCAUCUGCAGAAGCAACCUAUCGUAUCGAUAAUCCCACAUCCUCUGAAUCUUUCACCAUAAGUGCCAUUCAAGACCCAACGCAACUGCAAGUUCACUACCAUGAAAAUCUCACUUCUCUCAAUAAUCCCCAAUAUUCAACCAUCAACCUAGGAUUUAUGGACCGCCAUGCCCACCCCUUCAUCCUCGCAGGAAACGGCACUCAAACUCCCUACAUUAGCACCAAACCCCCAGUCGCCUGGAUGCAAAGCACGCUCUCUACGCUCUCCCUCAAAACCCUCCGCGAAAUCACCAUGCCCAUGUCCCACGACGCCGGCGCAAAUGUCGUCACCCACCCUCUCAACGGACCAGGUACACUCCACAACACGCAAACGCAAUCAGAUUCCAUAUACUGGCAACUUGUGCACGGAGCCCGCUGGCUGGAUAUCCGCCCUGCGCUCUACUGGAAAAAAUGGAUGACGUACCAUGGUACGUAUGCCGCAGGUAGCAUGUGGGGAGCCACGGGACAGAGUAUCGAGAGCAUGAUCGAAGAUAUAAAUUAUUUCACGCGGAAAUAUCCCGGAGAAUUAAUCGUGCUUGAUAUUUCGCACGAUGCGAUUGCGAGGCGUAGAUGGAAGGGAUUUAGCGAGGAUGAUUGGAUGAAGUUUUAUGGAAUAUUGAGUGGGAUUUUUGAUCUUUGGGUUGAACCGCAGGGUUCGCAGUGGGAUUUGUCGAGUGUGCCUUUUGGGACGUUUGUGAAGGAGGGUGGCAAGAGUACGGUGUUGGUGAGGGUUCCUUGUGGUGCUCCGGCUUGGUCUUCUGUGCUGGAAACGAGAGAUGUAGAUACCGCUCUCUCGGCAUUUUCAUCUGGCUGCGAUCCUGUUGUCCAGGAUAUCGAUCUUGCUUCUCUUAACACUACAAAUUAUUCAUACUCGCAGAAGUCAUCUCGCUCCUUUUAUAAACGGGAUGUUUCUAAUUCUCCUGAAAAUACUCACCACCAAAGCACCUCCCUAACCCCCAGCUCCCCAGCAACCCUAAACUUCACCCCCAUCCCCGCCUUCCGACUCCCUAUAACCGGCACCUUCUCGCACACCUCCUCCCCCAAAACCCUCGUAACCACGCAACUCGAAAAACUCUCCCAACACAAACUAUCAUUCCCCAACACCAAUCCUAGUCCCAACAUCGACCCAUCCCCAACCCCCAACCCCAGCCCCAUCCACAAACUCUCCUGGAUCCUCACGCAACCACUCGCCGUCCAAGCCGACAGGCGCACAUGGCGAAAUUCUAUACUUGGCUAUGCGGUAUCGGCGCAUAGGGAAUUAUAUUCUAAUUUCGAAGCGUUGGUUUCUGGGGGGAGGAAAAUGAGAGAAAGGGAGGGGGGAGAAGGGGGAGAAAGAGGAAGAGGAAGAGCGGGAGAGGGAAAACCGAAUUUGAUCGAGGUGGAUUAUAUUAGGAGUUGUGAUGUUGCAGCUUUGGCUAUGGGAGUUAAUGUUUGGGGGGAAUGGGAGAGAGAGGGAGAGGCAGAGGGGAAGGAGUAG